AUGUCAAUCCGAUAUACUCCAGACGAGUUGCACUUCCUGAGGGACUCGCCCUUAGUGGUGAAGCCUCCAGGACUGCCACCCGUGGAACAAUGGAUGGGAGCUCCAGCAGAUGCUACUGCCCGUAAUGCGGCCAAGCCACAGACUGACAGGUCAAGGAAUUAUGAUUCUGACUUUACUCUAGAUCAACCACACAAACGGCCGGCCCCCGAACGACAUGUUUCUCGCAAUAGUGCCAAUCCUGAGGACAUCAUCCUCGGUCCCCCCAAGACCGCGUUCAUGUCGGCAACCUCCCUUCGCAAUGCUGGAAAGGCAUUCGACUCGGGCGAGCGAACACCCGGCCGAGAGCUUGACACACGCGAUCGCUUUAGUUUCCGCAGCAAUCGAAUAGCAGAAGGAGAGAACGAUCGCCCGCGAGACGGGCGUAACAACAAUCUACGAGUCAAACGAAACGAGGGUGAUCAAGAUAGUGAUGGCUGGAGUACAGUCAAACCACGAAAGAGCUUUGGUAAUGAGGGCGCCGAGAGAUUUAAUGGGAGGAUGGGUUUAUCAGACAACCGGCCAAAGGAGGACCGACGAUUCAAGGACAGAGAAGAUAGAGAUGUGAAAGACAGACCAGCACGUGGCUUCGAUAAUUAUUCGCGCGAGAAGGAGAACGAAGACCAAGAUCGCGACAGCCGACGCAAUGGCACUGGCAGAGGACGCAAUGAACCUUCAUGGUUUAAAGAUAAUAAUGAUGGCCCGCCAACACCAAACAAUCGUAAUAGUAAUGGCGAUCGCUUUAUGGAUCGCAGCCGAGGCUGGAGAGAGAAGGAACGAGAAGAUAGAGAUGAUCGGGUAGUCGAUAAAUACGACCGAGGUGAUCGACGGGAGCGUGGUGAUAGAGGCGACCGCGGCGACCGUCGAUGGGACAGAGACAGAGACCAACGCCAAGAGCGUGAGCCCGAAUGGUUAGCUGAGCCUGAAGAGGAGAAACAACAGGCGCAUACUCAAGAAGACUUUCAGAAAUGGAAAGAUCAGAUGGCUGGCAAGGAUAAAGCCGCCAAAACGCCUGCAGCGGAGACCCCUUUGAGUGCAGAAGCUGGUGGUGGGUUUUUUGGAUUUGACAAGCCUCAAAAGGUGGAAACCCCACUUGCUAUGGACACAGGACCUGAUAAGUUCUUUGGGAAAUGGGCAUCACCAAAUCAAGAUGGAAACACCGAUUCUGGUAUCGAAUCUAGAAAGGAGGGAAUGGCGAAAGCGAAUACUACUGGGAAGGCAUCCCGUUUCACGUCUUUCUUUACCCCACAGGAGGAAACACAGCGACGCCAGACUGAGCCUCAACCACCGCCUCCUAUGCCCAUGCCACCUCAAGGUGGAGUUGAGGCAUUGUUUCAGAAUGCUCCUAUAUCACAGGCGGAGAAGGCUAAAGAGACGUUGGCAUUCCAGCAGCUACUCUCUAAACUUCAACGAACGACAGUCAAUGGACCGACAGGUUCGACUCCUCCAAUCAGCUUAGCUCAGCAACCAAAGCCGCCUGCUGUCGAGAAGCAACAGCCCAUUUCACACAGUAUUCCUGUUACACAUGGAACGCCGGAGCCAUUCCAGCAAUAUCGUCAUGAUGAAGGACGGCAGCCGGCACGGAACUCUCAACAAGCCCUACAAGACCUACUGGCUCAGCGACAGGCUACGAACAGUCAGCCUACAUCUAGGCCAGACCAAAUGCUACAAGAACUAGUUGGCCAACGCCAAAAUGCUUUGAGUCAAUCAUCAGUACGACAGGACCAGCAGCCAAGCCGAAACAAUAAUACUGAGUUCCUUAUGGGCUUGAUGCAGAGUGCAAAGGCAGCGCCUGACCCACAGAGAACCGAACAACUUCUUCUGAGAAUGCCACCAGGUCAAAAAUCAUCUGCCGAUCGAGACCGUCACAUCCAGCAGCAACUGAUGGAGCAGGAACUUCAACGAGAAGCAGCGCAUAGAGAAGCCGCCCAACGUGAACGUGCUUCCGCGCAACGUCAAGCUCGUCCACCACCAGGAUUCUACGACGAUGCCUCCUUCCAACGCGGUCCACCACCCCAACACGAGCGCCAACCAAACAACCUCCAACCCACCCAAAUCCUCCAACGCCCACCCCCACCAGGCCUCGACCUCGGCUGGGAGCGUCCAGCCCAACUCCAACCUCAACACCGCGUCGCCCAGAACAUCCCUCCCCCACCAGGCCUCCAAAACGGUCCAAAUCGCGCCAUGCCCAUGCCCCAACAGAUGUUCCCACCUGGCUUCCCCAUGGCCAAUUUCCCACCUGAGAUGCCUGGUCCACCGCGGAAUAUCCAGAUGCAACCACCGCCUGGAUUCUUCAACGCCCCGCCGCCGGGCUUCAUGCCGCCUGGUAUGAGCGGUUUCCAGGGUCCGGAGGGAAUGGCGUUCGGUCCGCCUUUUGAUGGCAGGGGCCCGCCGCCGGGAGGGUAUAGGAGACAGUAG